GGCGAGGGGGGGGCCCAGGCGGCCGCCGCCGCUACCACAGCCCGAGGCUUCAGGAGCCUCCACCAGCUCGCCAGGGCGCCAUCCCCAUCUCCCGGGCAACCAGCUUCCCCCAAAACAGCCAAUCGUAGGAGCCGCUCUCAGUCACCUGGUGUUUUAGUCUGCUAAGUCAGCCCUUUCUGAAGCUGCCCCUUUCUCUCAGUGAUUGUUUGGAUAUACUGCUUUUGCUGGCAUUGGCUCAGGAAAUCAGAGACUCAAUGAAACAGAGGUAGUGUCAUCAACCGAAAGAAGAGAAUUUUGGGGAAAAAAUGAUACUAUCACUGAUCUCUGAAGCUGCUGACCUCACAGCCUCUUUGCUCAUUCUGAUGGUAUAACCUUCUGUGUGCAGUGACCCUAUGGUUCCUGGAGCAGUGCAGAUUAAACAGUUAUCAUGAAUAACUGGAGUCAAUAAAAGCAGUUUCAAAUAACCUUUCAGACAGGCAGAUGGGGAGAGGACAGCAGAGAGCAAAAAAUUAAUUCACAGCAAAAGCAAAUAGUCACGCCUGACAAGAAUUCAGCACACCAGAAGAAUAAAUUAAACAUCUCAGAAUAAAGGGAGUAUGGAAAAGCACCAUCAAACAGCAAUGCACAUGCCAUUAUUUGUUCCUGCAUUACACCCAUUAGGCUUUUUAAACAAAAUUUUGCUUUCGGAGUGUGUUAACCAGCUGUGCAAGAUACUUACAGCAAAAUUUGACAUUAUGCAAAACUUGAUUGUUUUAUUUACAACAUAUAAAAAGCCCUGGGUAUGUUCACUGAAAGCUUGCUGAGGAGCAUGAACCUUUCCAGUGAGCCCUGGCCCAGUUUAGAGUGAAAAUGUUCAUCUGUUUUUGGUUUUGCAUCAAUAUGAUAUGAGAGCUGUGGUCUUGAUGCCAAAGCAGGCGGGAGCCACAUCCAUGUGGGCUUCCUGCUGUGGGUUGCUGAAUGAAGUCAUGGGUACCGGAGCUGUCCGUGGCCAACAGCCAGGAUUUGGGGGAGGUACUGGCCCAUUCAGAUUUGCACCAAAUACAGACUUCUCAGCAUAUUCAUCUUCAGGAGCCAAUAUAGUCUGCAAAGCGUGUGGGCUUUCAUUUUCAGUUUUUAGGAAAAAGCACGUGUGUUGUGACUGCAAGAAGGAUUUUUGCUCAGUUUGUACAGUGUUACAAGAAAAUCUCAGAAGAUGUUCUACUUGUCACUUGUUACAAGGGACAGCAUUUCAGCGGCCUCAGUUAAUGCGAUUGAAAGUCAAGGAUCUGCGUCAGUAUCUGAUCCUUAGAAACAUACCAACAGAUACUUGUCGAGAAAAAGAAGACUUGGUGGAUCUUGUACUCUGCCAUCAUGGAUUAGGUUCUGAGGAUACAGACACUAGUAGCUUGCAUUCUUCAAGGUCACAGACUUCUAGUUUUUUUACACAUCCAUUUUCUCUGUCUGUAUCAGUGUCGUCCUCUCAAGAACUUACAAAUAGAGGAAGCACAGAAAAUGGAACACCUGAACGGGGACAAGGUGGGAUACCUUCAGCAAAUAACGAAGAAGAAGAAGGAAAUGCAGAAGAGCAGACCCCUAACGUGUCCAGAAAGCGAGCAAGAGCAUCACUGUCUGAUAUUUCAAGUCUGGAAGAUAUUGAAAGGUUGAGUGUUCGACAGCUGAAGGAAAUACUUGCUCGUAAUUUUGUCAACUAUUCAGGAUGCUGCGAAAAAUGGGAACUUGUGGAGAAAGUGAGCAGGCUCUACAGAGAGAGUGAGGAAAAUCAUAGGACACAGGGAGAGAAGAUACAACUGAAUGAGAACGAUGAUAAUCUGUGCAGGAUCUGCAUGGAUGCAGUAAUUGACUGUGUUCUUCUGGAAUGUGGUCACAUGGUCACCUGCACAAAGUGUGGCAAAAGAAUGAGUGAGUGUCCCAUCUGUAGACAGUAUGUUGUACGAGCAGUGCAUGUAUUUAAAUCUUAAGACCAAAAAUACAUUUUUCUAGCCACCCUGAGUUCCUGUAUUUCUGGGGGCAGGACUGAUGAAGCUUGUUAUGACAAACAUUAGUUUCAAUAUGAAUCAAACAUUUUAAACAGCAGGCUAUAGAAGCAUUUGAAACACUUUUCUGUGAUGUAAUUAAAAUUACAAUUUGGUGAUAUGUACUACAGGAGCUGCCUGAGUUACCUUAUAAAGCCAUGAAGUGUUUACAGCAGAUCUAGCAUCACUUAUUGCUCUCUAAUGAUUAAGGUGUUCUUCAGAAGUUUGCUGAAGGGUCCAGUAUAGUCAACGGAAAACUGCUUUACCAUGACCAUAUUGUUGGAUGACUCUAGUCUGGUUCAUUUGGUGCAUAUGCAUUGCUCCUAUCAAACUUGAGUAAUAUUUAAUGCAUAUUAAAUAGAAUGUAACUGUUCUGACCCUAUAUUGGUACAAUGGUGUCAAAACAGUCAAUAAAACAAGAUUGUAGAAAGCACUGCCAUUGCAUAAGUGUUUCUGUACAGGUAAAGCUAAUCUAUUUUCAUGAUUACUUCAUUCAGAAUGUCUGUCUGAUUACAUGUAUACUGUCCUUGAACAUUCUUUCUUUGUCAAAGUGAACUCUGUAUUCCUACAUCACUCUGUUUAAUGGCAUCCAAAUGCUAAUUACUCAAUGUUCAGUUUAAGAAUAAAAUGUAGUCAAAGGGAA